AUGUCUCUCCCUCCCUCCCUUUCCUGCGACUGCAACUCGAGCGCAAGGUUCGGCGCAUGGGUAGAGUCCCUUGCCCACAAGACGACGACGCCAUCUCCGAACUCCAAACCGGCGAUACGAAGACUGUACAGAUACAGUUACGACGGCAGCUGCAGCUUUACACACACGUUCCGCGCUUGCGUCUUCUACUAUUUGGCGACCCUAAACUCCCUUUCCAUAUACUUAAUAUCCACAACCUUCCUAACUGCUUUACUCCCCCACCACACGCACCUCUCGUAAUGCUCCGUCGCAUCCUCUUUCCACUCCUUAAUAACGUCUUACCCACAUCAAACUCAUCCCUGACCGCUCUCUCCGCCUCGCGCUCGAACCACUCAUUCAGCUCAACCUGCGCGAACAGAGCGGCGAACUCCUCCUCAUUCCCGACUCACCGGACCCUUUCCCUCACUGUAAAGUUCCACGCGCGCGAUAAACUUCGCUCUCUCUCUACGCUUUGCUCGUCCAGAAACUCAAAGUCCUCGCUCUCUGCGUCCGAAAAGUCUUCCAGGACUUCCAGGAACAGGAAGACCGUCUUUCGGCCGGCAGCGGCCGAGUGGGGCUCGCCGACGGUGGGGUCGCGGCGCUCCGACGU